CGACAGCGACUCAAUACCAUUCAUUUUCAAUGCGAGCACAGCGACUUCCGGCGAUACGAGCUGUCGCGACCGUUGGCGCUAGAUGUGGGCGUGUCCAGCGACGCGACAAAGUUGAGAAAAGUUCAACUUUGGAGCGACUAACGGAAGCGACAGCCAAUAGGAGAGACGACGGGAGAGCUCACGUGAUCCUUCUCUCUUUCUCUCAGCUCCUGCAGUAACGGAAAGAUGGAUGAAAGGCUAAUUCUUGCUGUUAGAAAUGUUCCAGUGCUCUAUGAUAUGUCUCUUCCCACGUACAAGGACAUUUUAAAGAAAAAUACUGCGUGGAAAGGUGUAUCUGAGAUCGCGGGGAUUUUAUGGACCCAUGCAGACCGACAUUUGCAUUUUCGCCGCAGAUAAACAGCCGCUCUGGCAAACAGCACGCCUUGUUUCUCAUUCAUCUUUGAUAUAAAGCAUUUUAUGUACUGAUUCCAUUUAUAUUUAGUCUUUUCCCUCCAAAAUGUUUGUUUUUAGUGGCAAGAAAAGAGAUUCGCUGUCAACAGCAAUGGAAUGACGUCCGUGAAUGUCAUUUAUAAACGUUACUAGGCAACCAGUAGUGGGAACACCCACUAGCGACUUCACCGCCAGCCACUGGCGACCUGCAGCGAUAAAGUCGCUGGCAGUGUGUACGUAGCUUUAAUCUUUGUAACCGCCCUGCUUGGACACUCAUGGGUUAAUCAUGACUGACUGUGAAUAGCGAAUUUCUACAACUGCAUGUGUAACUGAAAGCUAUUGUGUUUGAAUGUGUCCAAGUACAAGACGACAUACUACAUUGACACAGGAGGUUUUAGUAGUGUUUUGCUCAUUCCAACCCAAUCUCACAAUCUCAGAAUGACGAGCGCCCACUAGUUGUGAAGUUCUCCAAUAGCAGCUGCAGGCCAUAGGGAGAGACUUCUGGGAUGCUGGCGGGAAUGUGAGGCGGGGAUUCCAGUGACCCAGUGCUGCUUGUGCUAUAACGUGAGGCACAAUGGGAAUUCGGACUGGCAUCGCUUUGAUUUUGCUUGUCGCAUUUGCAUUUGUGGCAGCCGAGGACGAUGAAAGCAAGGAAAGUGUGAUCGAACAGCUGGUUGUGGAGACAUUGGUGAUGCCGGAGACAUGCACGAUUACAUCAACGAUGGGAGACACGCUUCAAAUCCACUACACGGGUCGAUUAAUGGACGGGAAAGUGAUUGACACCUCUCUGUCUCGUGAGCCUAUGGCCGUAGAGUUGGGGAAGAGGUCUGUCAUCACAGGCCUAGAGCAAGCCCUGGUUGGAGUAUGUCAAGGACAAAAAAUCAAGGUCACAAUUCCGGCUCAUCUAGGAUAUGGAAAGAGAGGAUACCCUCCAACCAUCCCAGGAGACAGUGCACUUGAGUUUGAGGUGGAGGUGAUCUCUCUGUCCCAGCAAACCACCUGGCAGAAGUUAGUUAAUGAUGUCCUUCCCCUGGUUUGUUUGGCACUGGUUCCCACUCUACUGGGCUUAGUAGGUCUCUACCUCUACAACAAAGCAAAUGCACAACCUCAAGGAAAGAAGUGCAAAGACAAGAAAAACAAAAAGAAAUGAGAACAAAGCCAAAAAUAAUAAACUAUUUUAAUUUAAAAAAGACAAAAACUCCAUCUUUGUUUGGCAUUGGGUCUGUUUUCCUUUUUUUGCGUAAUUUUAAAGAUAUUUUGGACACUGAAGUCACCUACCAAUCUGUGGCAAUUAAAAAAAAAGAAAGACUGCAUUUAAGCUGAAUCCUGCAUAUGCAUGUGAACAUUAGCAGCAUUAAAGAAAUGGUUCACCCGAAAAUGAAAAUUCUCUCAUGUACUCACCCUCAUGCCAUACCAGAUGUGUAUGAAUUUCUUUAUUCUGAAGAACACAAAUUAAGAUUUUUUGAAGAAUUUAGGUUCAUUCAAUAUAAGUGAA